UGCGCAGUUUGGUGUUAGUUCGAGGACAUCAUUUGACUCUUCUCCUUGUACGUGUACGACUGUUAUAAUCGUUAUAUUAAGGAAAAAUUAGUGCAAUAUUUUGCACUGACAUUGAUCGUUUCGUUUGGCACAUGACGACGUAAACUCGAUCAAAUAUUUUAUCGUAAUAAUUUACGAAGGCAAAGAGAGAAUAAAAGGGACAGCAAAAUGACUAUCAUCACGAAAGCAAUCAGUGAGAAGAAGGCGUCGGAGAAAAUGGAGCAGCCAUUGUUUGUAGAAGAAACUACUGCGGAUUCUUCAAAAACUGAUCCUGAGGCUCAAGUCCAAAAACCAGAUGUGGGUAGACAUUAUUUUGUUGCACGCAGAAACAUUCAUAGAAUCCACGUGACCGCUACGUUCUCCUUGUUCCUUAUUGCAUUGAUGAUAUUAAUAAUUGGUGUAAUAGGGGGUCUUUACAUAUAUAUACAAUAUGCCAGAGCACAAAUACAUAGAUUCCGUACUGGAUGGUAUAGCAUUCCAUAUGAUAAAGCACCAUAUGGUGGUGAUACUAUGCAUCAGGCAAUCAUAGCUGACUCAAAUUUAUUCAAGAGUUUAACUAGAGCCACCGAACAAGAAGCAAUGGAUCUUGAAAGAAAUGUAGACAAUAAUAUUAAGAGUUUUCUUAAAGAACGAUUUGAAAUUGAUCUUGAAAAUGAACAUUAUGAAAAGAUUGAUGUGCCAGAUUUUCGUGGUGGUCGUCAAGGACGUUUUAUACACGAUUUUAAUAUUAAUAAAACUGGAAUUAUAGAUAUCGAUGGUCGUUGCUGUUUUGUUAUGCCAUUGAAUCGUCAAAGAGUUUUACCACCGCACAAUUUGUACGAUCUUCUUAGAAAAAUGUUUAAUGGUUAUUAUGAAGUCGAUACAGAUAUUGUACGUGAAACUAUGAAAGUUGUUACUCCACCUAUUACCGAUAUGUCCACUGUGGGAACAUAUAUUGCACGUGAAUGCCAAGAUUUGCCAACAUAUAUGUUAAAAAAAGUGAAUCCUACUGUUGUUAAAAGGGAAGCAUCAAGCGGUAUUUUUGCACAAUUCGCUGGCAAAGAUAUUGUAGAAGUUGAUAUUUUGAAUCUGAGUGAAUUCCAUAAGUAAACACAGAAGGAAUUUACAUUUUUUAGGCAAUUAAGACUCAGUAGAUUGGUGUAAAAAAAUAAAAAAAAAUAAAAAAAUAAAAAAAAAAAGGUUAUGUAAUACCCGGAAAACAUAGAUGUAAGUCUACUUUUCAACACCAUUAUGUCUUUCCACAACAUUUAUCUUCUUAAUCCCGGAUAACAGUCAUCAUUUAUAUUCGCAUUGAUAUCUAAUGUGGAUAAUUAAACGUCAUGCAGUUACUGGUUAAUCUUAGAUGUGCAAUAGAAUUCGAAAAAAAAUUAAUAGGCUACAUUCUUUUUAUAAGCUUAUAUAGGAUAUCGAACAGAUAUAGUUGAUUUCAAUUGGAGUUUGUUGCUGAUAAAUAUUUAUCACAUUUGUUAAACAAUGUGAUUAUGUUUUUAAUUAAAUCUUGUAAAAAGGAUGUGUCUAUUAUAUUUAAAUUAAAACAUUAUUAUUAUCAUCACAUGGGGAAAUUGUUUUAAACGGAUAGUAAUUACCUUAUACCUCUUUUCCGUAAUAUCAAAUAAAAAAAAAAUAUAUAUAUAUACAUACAUAUAUAUAUAUAUAUUACAUUAUCUUAUAUAUUUUCUUCGUCUUAAAGAAAUUAUAUAUGCAAUGGUUAUAUAAUAUCUUUUCAUAUGUUAACAAACAAAGCUUGCUCUUACUUUAAAUAGAUACAUAUCAGAUUUUAAGGUUGAAUAGAAGGAAUAACUUUUUCUCAAUUGGAAUUGCUAAAUUUGCAAGGUAAAUAAAAUAACUGUGAGUCGAAAUUGAGAAAGUCAUUUAAAUAACUUUUGUAUCAAAUAUAAAAGAUAUUUACUCUCUAUUCUGUUUCAAUUAAGAUAUUCAAUGUAUAUCCAUGAUAUAUAUAUAUAUAUAUAUAUAUAUAUAUAUAACGCAAUAUAUUUCUAAUCAUUUAUAAUUUUAGUAGGACUAUUUUUAAACAAUACUAAAUCUUUGUUAGAUCAAUUUUAAUCUCCGAAGUUCAUUAUAUAUUUCAAAUUAUUAGCAGAAAACUUAUAUUUAAGAAGAAAAAGAAAAAAAAAAAAAAAGAAAGAAAUAA